UCGUCAUAACAGACACAGCUGAAAGGGGGAGGAAACGGAAAGAGAAGGGGAAAAAAAACCCGCAGCCGAACAAAACCCGCUCCUUUCCGCCUCCUCCCCUUCUCUCUCGUUCUAUCUAACACUUCCCUUCCGCCCCCCUCUCUCAACCGCCACCCACCGCCGAUGGCUGACGACGCCGAGAGAAUGGCAGCGCUGAAGAGGGCGUACGCGGACAUUAUCUUGAACACCGCGAAGGAGUCGGCGGCUCGGAUUCUGGCUUCGGAGGGGAAGGUGCUCCAGCUGCAGCGAAGCCUGUCACUCACCAAGGAAGAUUCACUGGCCAUGCUUCUCCGAUUGAAGGCGAUCAUGGACUCCAAGAUUCAUGAAUCUGAAAAGGCAAAUUUAUCUCAGGUAGGGAAGAUUCAAGAACUCGAAGCUCAACUUAGUGAAGCAAAGGUUACAAUUGAUUGUCUUAGAUCUGAACUGAAGAGAUUGAAUUCUGAAUUGGACCAUAAGAGGGAUAUUCAAGCUGAGUUUCUAAAUGGGAAAAGCACAGUUCACAAUACCCCUUCUGAGAAAUAUAACGGUCAGGAAAGCAUGCACAACUCUGGCUCAUCCCUGCACUCUCCAAGUGGAGCUAUAAGUGUCCUUAAUUCAGACUGCUGCUUUAGCAAAGGUGCAACAGAAGAUGAACCCUUGAACAAUUUGAUUUCAUCAGAUACUUAUGCUGUCAAACCUGACUUGACAUCUAUAAUACUGAGCAACAAAGAGCCAGAGCUUUGUCGAAGUGGAUAUACCCAGAGGAUACAUGCUUUUGAAUGGAAUCCAGUGACUGGCAAAGAACUCACUUCACAAAUGCAUGACCAAGUCUCAGAUAUAAAGAGUGAAACAUUGAUGUGUGAGAACGAAAAAUCUGAAAAGUCUGACACCAAAGAUUUUGCUAUGAAAGAAAAAAUAGUAUGUCAUAGGAAACAAAAAGUUCAUUGUCAGAAUCAUGUUAUGAAGUCGACAGAAUGUAGUACCUAUCAUGACAUGCAACACUAUCGAUCUCUGGACACUAAACAUAUAAAGGUUUCUACACCAGGCCCCGACAAGGUUCCAAAUAGUAAAGGUAAGAUAAUGUGUGAGAAUGAAAAAGCUGAAAGACCCUGGACCAAAGACUUUGUCAUGGUAGAAAAAUUAGUAAGAAGACGAAAGAUGCGGCGCCGAAGACGCGUUAUGAGGCCCACAAAACGUGUUAUUUAUCAUGACAAGCAACAUUAUGCCUCACUGGAUCCUACUCAUUCCAAGGUUGGACAAACUGAUGUGGAUAUAUCUGCUGAUAAUGCACACUGGACUGGUGGUGAAGUGCCUCCAAAGACACUGAAUUCUUGUUCACCUCAGGUGUCUGGACAAGAUCAGGAAACAACAAAAAGUCAAAGGACUAAGUUGAACAAAAAUUUCAGCAACAAAAGCUCAGAACUUUUAAAUGGCAAUAAAAUAAUGACCAGGAGAACUGUUCUAAGACAAAGUAAUACAUACAGUACUGGCAGUGAAGUGCCUCCGAGGACACUGAAUUCUUGCUCACCUCAGGCGUCUGAUAAAGAUCAGGAAACAACAAGAAGUCAAAGGACUAAGUUGAACAAUUUUUUCAGCAAUAAUAGCUCAGGGCUUUCAAAUGACAAUAGAAUAAUGACCAGGAGCAAUGUUCUAAAACAAUGUAGUGCACACGGGACUGGCAGUGAAGUGCAUCCAAAGACACUGAAAUUUUGUUCAUCUCAGGUGUCUGGAGAAGAUCAGGGAACAGAAAGUCAAAGGAAUAAGUUGAACAAGAUUUUCAGCAAUAAGAACUCAGGACUUUUAAAUGGCAAUAGAAUAACAACCAGGAGAACUGUCCUAAAACAAUGUAAUGCUUCUCGUGAAGAUCAUAUUGAUAGAAUCCAUACUUCUAACAAUGGAACUUGUCCGGAAAAUAGUAUGAAGGAACCAUUUGCAGCAAGUACAGGUGAGAUGAUUAAUGAUGCUCUUUCAGAUGAAUAUGUUAAAAAUGACAAGGAGCUAGAGGAGAAAAUGUCAACAAAACCAGAUCAUAUACCAGCAGAGGAAUUGGAUAAUUCUGUUACAAAAGAAAAUAAUGAGACAAUUAAUGAACCACACUAUGAUUAUAGGGAUGAGCUUAGCGGGCAUUGUGGACGUGCUACUGAAGUUGGAGGUGACAAAAUCCUCAAAUAUACCUUUCAGAGGAAGCGAAAGAGGGGAUCUUUGGAUGGCAAAGUGGAACCUACAUCUAUAACGGAAAACAUAUCUAAGCGAAAAGUGGGCAAAGAUGACUCAGAGCUGGAGCCUCAGGAAUCUAGCAUAGUUGUGGAAUCAUGCAGGCCGGAGCCUCAGAAAUCUAGUUUAGUUGUGGAAUCAUCCAGAGACAGUAGGAGGCUGGCACAGGUUGCUCGACAGCUCAUUUCCUUGUCUGAGAGGAGAUGGUGGUAGAGGUACUGUUAUUUGCCAGAUGAAGUGCAUUUCUGGGUACUACAGGAAGGUCUAAGCUGCAGUUUUCUUUUCAAGACUACUUUGUUAGGGGCCCAACUUGUUCCACAUUUGAAAGCAACAAGUAUGCAUCAUUUUCCCACCAUGUUGGGAGCUGCAAGAGAAACACAAAACACAGGAACUGCAGCAAACUGGAGGAUAAGAGAAGAUGACAGUGCGAUAUAUAGUUCAUGUUCUAUCAUGACAAUUUCAGGAAAGUUCCACCCUUGUUUUUUCUUUUUUUGGCUCUUUAUGAUGUACCAUCUUUCGCUAUGAGAUAUGAUAUUAAUCUUGUCUAUGCUUUCUUAGUGUUCCUUUCGGCACAUAUUGUAUCGAUGAAACCUUCAAGCGACAAGUUUCAUCAAAUUGGUUAAAGAUCAACCUGAAUCCAAUUAUUAUCC